CCGUCAGGGGCCCGGUGGUCGCCGCGAGUCUCGUGGUGGAUAUGCGGGGUUGGAGCGGAGACUGGAAUUUGAUGAAGCUACCAAGGAAACGGGAAAGAGCAGCCCAAAUAUCUUGCUGUUUCUUUUCCACCUCUGCUUUUUUCUAGAUACACUCUAACAGUAAAUUAGAAAACAGCUUGUUUUCAUCUCAGGUGUAAGGCAAUUGAGGUAUUGGGAGGUUAAACAUACAUGGUACAGUUGCUUAGAAUCAAAGGAGCUAGCUUAAAGGGGGCAGAUUAUGUGUGAUUGGGACUCUUAAAAUGAUUUCACAUAUGAAUAUGUGUGAAUAAAAAGACGUACUAAUUGUUAGGGCCUAGAUACUGGUAUGCUUAUUAUAAAGGAAAAUGUACUGAAUAGUCCUGUGCAGGAAAGAUUCUUGAAACAGUUACCCAGUAUAUUGUGUGGAAACAAGUUAAGGAAAUUGGGGGGAUAUUCUAUAAAGAGGUCUUCCAAAAACUAAAAGAAGAGUAAACAGAAACUAGGCUGAAUAUUAAAGAUGGAAUAUACAUGCAGCAUUGUAAGGGAUAAUGAAUUUGCGUUCACAGAGGGACUAUGUUGUCUUUAAGAUCUUCCAAUAUUCACAAAGUCAGUGCAGGUCAGCAAAGCGUGAAUGCAUAUCCAUCCAUGUUGGCCAGGCUGGUGUUCAGAUUGGCAAUGCAUGUUGGGAAUUGUAUUGUCUUGAACAUGGGAUCCAGCCUGAUGGUCAAGUGCCUAGUGAUAAUACUAUGGGACGUGGAGAUGAUUCAUUUAACACUUUCUUCAGUGAGACAGGAGCUGGUAAACAUGUUCCGAGAGCAGUGUUUGUAGACCUAGAACCAACCGUAGUUGAUGAAGUACGUACAGGCACGUACAGGCAGUUAUUCCAUCCUGAGCAGCUCAUUACUGGGAAAGAAGAUGCAGCCAAUAAUUAUGCCAGAGGCCAUUAUACCAUUGGAAAAGAGAUUGUUGAUCUAGUGCUGGACCGCAUUCGCAAACUGGCUGACCUGUGCACAGGGCUGCAAGGCUUUCUUAUCUUUCAUAGUUUUGGUGGAGGCACUGGUUCAGGGUUUGCAUCACUGCUCAUGGAAAGGCUAUCUGUUGACUAUGGCAAGAAAUCUAAACUGGAGUUUGCAAUUUAUCCAGCACCACAAGUUUCCACUGCUGUAGUGGAACCCUACAACUCAAUUCUAACUACUCACACAACAUUAGAGCAUUCAGACUGUGCCUUUAUGGUAGAUAAUGAAGCCAUUUAUGAUAUAUGUCGUCGUAACCUGGACAUUGGCCGUCCUACUUACACCAAUUUAAACCGAUUAAUUGGGCAAAUUGUUUCAUCCAUCACAGCUUCACUGCGUUUUGAUGGAGCCCUCAAUGUAGAUCUGACAGAAUUUCAAACUAACCUGGUUCCAUACCCACGAAUCCAUUUCCCCUUGGUAACAUAUGCCCCCAUCAUCUCCGCUGAAAAAGCAUAUCAUGAGCAGUUAUCUGUGGCUGAAAUUACCCAUGCUUGCUUUGAACCAGCCAACCAGAUGGUCAAAUGUGACCCUCGCCAUGGCAAAUACAUGGCCUGCUGCAUGUUAUACAGAGGCGAUGUUGUGCCCAAAGAUGUCAAUGCAGCCAUUGCCACUAUCAAGACUAAACGUACCAUUCAGUUUGUGGAUUGGUGCCCAACUGGAUUUAAGGUGGGCAUUAACUACCAGCCUCCAACUGUGGUGCCAGGUGCUGAUCUUGCCAAGGUGCAGCGGGCUGUGUGUAUGCUGAGUAACACAACUGCUAUUGCAGAAGCAUGGGCUCGGCUCGACCACAAAUUUGAUCUCAUGUAUACUAAGCGUGCCUUUGUGCAUUGGUAUGUUGGGGAGGGAAUGGAGGAAGGAGAAUUUUCUGAAGCCCGGGAAGACCUGGCUGCCCUUGAGAAAGAUUAUGAAGAAGUUGGCCUAGACUCAGUAGAAGCAGAGGCUGAAGAAGGAGAUGAAUAUUGAGAAAACUAAAGCCUGGAAAAAUCUAUUUACCAAAAAAAAAUAAAAAAUUGCAGAACCCUGUUUGUUUGUUUUCAGAUGUGCUUCCAAAUAAAGUUCUAAAGAUUAUACUGCUGCUUUUUUAUUUUUUUUUCUUCACUAUUAAUGUGCAUAUUCAUGAAGGAAGGACAAUUUGAGAUUGCAGAUUUUGGUAGCGGAUCUGUUACCUGCUUUAAAAGUACAUAGUAAUUUUUACCUUCCUACAUUAGCAUUUACUACUAUGCUCACAUGAAUAGAGCUUUAGAAGCAGCUUUAUCAUAGGACAUAUGGCUUGUGCAAAAAGUGCUGACCCAGCCAGUUACAGCAUGGUGCUAACAACACCAAGGUUGUGGUUUCAGUCCUCAUAUAGGCCCUUUAGCUGAGUGAUCCUUGAGGGAAUAUUCUGUGAAAUAACUAGACUUUUGUUUGGGGGAGGGGGGUGUUGGCUAUUAAGAAAGAAUUGCUGCAUUUAAGUACGAAAAAUAUCUGCUUUUGAUGCUAGGAGACUCGAAGAACCCAGGUUUCAGUAGUCUAAUGCAUUAGGCACGUUUCUGCUGGCAGUAGCAGCUCCAAGCUGUGCCCAAGCGAAAGCUGCUCUGCACACAAACCAUGG